GAGGGGUCUGUGCGCGUGCGCCGUGGGGCGGCCGGGGACGCCGCGCGUGCGCGUUUGGGCCGGCGGCGAGCGCGCUCGGGAGCACCGGGAAGGCGGUGCGUGUGUCCGUCGGUCCGUCCGGGAGUGUGCGCCCCGCCGGGUCCGGCCCUCAGCCUGCCCGCCGGGGGCACGCCUGCCGCCCGCUGCCGCCGCGACACGGGCAGCGACGCGAGGAGCCGCCAGGAUGAAGCUGGUGAGGAAGGACCUGGAGAAGGAUAAUGCGGGGCAGGUGACGCUGAUCCCUGAGGAGCCUGAGGACAUGUGGCACACCUACAACCUGCUACAGGUGGGUGACAGCCUGCGCGCCUCCACCAUCCGCAAGGUUCAGACCGAGUCGUCCACGGGCAGCGUGGGCAGCAACCGCGUCCGCACCACCCUCACCCUCUGCGUGGAGACCAUCGACUUCGACUCUCAGGCCUGCCAGCUGCGGGUUAAGGGCACGAACAUCCAGGAGAACGAGUACGUGAAGAUGGGCGCCUACCACACCAUCGAGCUGGAGCCCAACCGUCAGUUCACCCUGGCCAAGAAGCAGUGGGACAGCGUGGUGCUGGAGCGCAUCGAGCAGGCCUGCGACCCGGCCUGGAGCGCCGAUGUGGCGGCCGUGGUCAUGCAGGAGGGGCUGGCUCAUGUCUGCCUGGUCACCCCGAGCAUGACGCUGACUCGAGCCAAGGUGGAGGUGAACAUCCCCCGCAAGCGGAAAGGGAACUGCAGUCAGCACGACCGGGCUUUGGAGAGGUUUUACGAGCAGGUGGUGCAAGCCAUCCAGAGGCAUAUCAACUUUGAGGUGGUGAAGUGUGUACUGGUGGCUAGCCCAGGCUUCGUGCGGGAGCAGUUUUGUGACUACAUGUUCCAGCAGGCAGUGAAGACUGAUAACAAACUUCUGCUGGAGAACAGGUCCAAGUUCUUACAGGUCCACUCUUCCUCAGGACAUAAAUAUGCACUGAAGGAGGCACUCUGCGACCCAGCUGUAACUAGCCGUCUUUCUGACACUAAGGCGGCUGGUGAGGUCAAAGCCUUAGAUGACUUCUAUAAAAUGCUGCAGCAUGAGCCUGACCGGGCUUUUUAUGGCCUGAAACAUGUGGAAAAGGCCAAUGAAGCCAUGGCCAUUGAUACCCUGCUGAUCAGUGAUGAGCUUUUUCGGCACCAGGAUGUGGCUACACGUUCCCGAUAUGUUAAACUGGUAGAUAGCGUACGGGAGAACAUGGGCACAGUGCGCAUUUUCUCCAGCCUCCAUGUGUCUGGAGAGCAGCUGGGCCAGCUGACAGGGGUGGCAGCUAUCCUGCGCUUUCCAGUUGCUGAGCUCUCUGACCAGGAAGAUGAAUCUAGCUCUGAAGAGGAUUGAUAACAGUGACUUCAUUCCACAGUUUCUUUUCACUGUCAUGUUGAAGUGACAUUAAAGGUCCUCCUGACCUGAAUACUGUGUGCACAUGUACCAUGACAUGUAAUUAAAAAGGUUUAAUAGUAAACAUAUACAUGCAUAUAUAUAGCUUUACGUAGCACACUACUUGAUAUCUGAUGUAUGGUAAUAAUUAUUGGUAUGCUGUGCUGAGCUGACUGUUUUUGCAGUUCCGGACCACCAGCAGUACAAGAAACUAAUUUGGCUCCCCAGUGCUGGUUGGUCUGCAUGUUAAGGCAGACUGCCAACUUAUGUGAAAUGUGUAGGAAAAAAUAGUAAGCUAACAGGGAGAAAUUCAUGUUAGACUAUUUCUGUUCAAAUGCUUGAAAAGAGUAUUGCAAAACAAAUGCAAACUUCUUGGGAGACUUGUCAAAAUUGUGCUCGAUCUUCAUAGGUGCUCCCUGUUCUCUGUAAGGUGUGUCAAAGGAAUAGGAUCAAUAUCAAUUUUUAGGGCUUUGUGUGGUGGUGUAAGUCUAACCACUUAAAUAUUUCUGUGAAACACUUGAAGCAGUCUUUCAGCAAUGAGACCCUUUAUCUUAACCAUUACUUUACAUUUCUUUGCUAACACAGUAGUAGAUGCAGGACAAAUGGUGACUCACAGUGCACCCAUUUAGUUAUCUUUUUGAAUACUGUACCUUGGGAGAUUGUACUGAAGACUAACAAGGAGUCAUUGACUAUAUUCUGCUAAAUUGGCAUUUAGUAUCCAGUUCAGAGAAAGUAUAGGAAAAAACUUAGAAAAUCGGGACUUUAGUUUACACAAAGAAUCUUUUGGUAGCAAAUAGUUUAGGUAACUUCAUAAGCUGGUAUUCUGUUUGCAUAACUCUGUAAAAACAUACAUAAAUGGUGAUACAGAAAUAAAAAUGACAAAAUUAUGAAUCAAACUUGAGCUUAAGAUAGUGGCAACUGCAAAAGUGAAAAUUACCUUUUCAAUUAUUUGAUCAGCUCAAAGUACUGAGAGCCAGAAGGAGUUUUAUUUCUUCAGUGGGCCAUACAUCUUACACUGAGGAAGCAAAAACUGCUUUCAGAUUCAGACAUAACCUGUGGUUGUAUUGUUUCAAACCAAGGUUUGGUGAUGUGGCUUUUGUGUGUAAAUAGACUUUUUACUCUUAUAAAUGUGAUGGAAGGUGAGAACAGGAACCAUAGAAGAAUUCUGUGACAUGGAAACUAUUGUAAGAGUGGAACAUUAAAAAAUAAAACCACCAAAGCUCCUAGUCUGGGGAGAAUAAAAACUAUUUUUCUAAAACUAAGGCUAGUCCCCUAUGUUCAUGAGUGCCAAUCCUCUGAAUUUAAUACUGUCUAUUGGAAACAAACUUCUUGAUAGAGAAGUACUUUUGAAUUAAAGCCAUCUCCCCUCUUCCACAUCAUCCACACAGUCUAAGAAAUUCUUGAAAAGAACUUAAAGUAGACCUGUAACAAUUUGAUUCUACUUUUGUUGAAGACAAGCAAAGCCCAUUGAGAUACUUGUUUACAGUCAGCUUGCACACAUAAAUUAUGUUAUUUGAGCUUUACAUUUUUUCUUGAAUGGUGUUGGGUGCCACAAGUCACAGAAUGCUCAGGUAGGCUUUAUUUAGUAGUUAAGACUGCUUAAAAUAAUUAAUUUUUUUCUAAUUUGCCUAAGUUUAUCAUACACUUUUUAGCUAGAAAGCACCUUGAUUCCUGUUAUGUCUAGUUUAAUGUUAAAAACAGGAAGCAGAAGAAAUUGACCUGGAAAUACUAACUAUAGGCAGCAAAUUAGGGCCUUAAAUAAACUCAUAUCUAAACAAGUCAUUAAUUUCUCCAAGCUUUUAUAAUAUAGGAUGAUAUAGCAGCAUAUUCCCAUUUUCUAAGUAGUGCAAAUUUGUUGCAACUGUACACAAAUGACAUAUUUUAAUUUGUAGUGUACCACAAAUUCUUAGUUUUUCUCAGAAAACUCUCCAAGAGACAAAUCAAACUGUUCUUUGUUUGUGGGAUGGAUUGCUGUUUUAUCAAACCAGAUUGGAUCCAAUUAUUCCAUUGCAAACCAGAAAUUAUUAAGAGUUUUGCUGAGUAUUACAUGAUUAAAAUGAUGGGUUUGUGUUUUGUGCCUGUAGUUACCAUCAAGGAAAAGAAGUAGCCAUUUUGUUGCAAUUUUGGUUUUUUUUUGUUUCAUCUGCUAAGAAAAUGUGAUGAUAGUAAUUCUUUUAAUUAUUUAUACUUAGAAUUAAAAUUCUGCCUUGACUUUA